GCGCCUUAUAGUGGAGAGAGUAGCCUCCCCCUCCUGCAGUCGCAUACUCCGGCGAAGUGUCGCUGCUGGCGAGUUUCUUCCCGCCGUCGGUGACCGGAGAUCAUGGUGGCGUUCAAGAACAGGUACCUGUUAAUGGAGGUUUUUCUGGAUCCCGACAAGGAUCUUCUGGGAGAACGAAGCCCCAUCAAUCUUACACAGCUCAAUCUCUCUGAAGCUAUCCGAGAGAGUAUUCGCCUUAACUUUGGCGAAUGUGGUCUCGGUUCUUCUCAAGGAUCGUUCCAAGUUAAAUACGUGAAUCCGAUCACGAAGGUGUUCAUAGUAAGAGUAUCGAGAGAGGAUUACCGACACGUUUGGUCGGCAAUGACGAUGGUUAGAAGCGUCGGGAACUGUCGUGCGGUGCUGAAUCUGCUCGAUCUAUGCGGCUGCAUCAGGGCGUGUAGAGAGACGGCCUUGAAGUGCGAAGAGGCGAAGUUCGAGCAGCGGAAACUCAUGUCGAAAACGAACUUGACGGACGAGGAGAUUCAGCGGAUGAAUCUCUGUCUCGAGAGGAUUAAACUCUUGGAGAACUGAUUUAUUUUCUGGGGAUCUUUGAUCGCUUGUCUUCAUACAUUUUUUUUUUAAAACCCAUUGGAAGUGUAUAAUUUAGAGUACGGUGUGUGUACAGAUUGUAAUGUUCGGAUAAAAACCUUAGUUUUGUUCAUGUCUGAAAAACUAAGCCGAGUUAUUUUGAUCUUAGAAAAUUUUUGAAGAUUAGGUUUUUGUA